AUGGCUCCUGCAGCCGCCGACCUCCUCGCGGCCUUUGUGCCCGGCACCAAAGCCUGGUUCCCUGACAAGGAGCUCGGUUGGAUCAGCGCCACGCUCGCCAAGCCCGUGUCCACAGCUGGCUCGGGCGAUGUCGUGCUCGAAUUCACCCUCGAUGACACCGGCGCCACCAAGACCGUCACCACCACCCAGGCCAAGCUCGCCGCAAAGGACGGAGAGGAUGAGCUGCCACCGCUGCGCAACCCACCGCUCCUAGAGGCCACCGACGACCUCACCAACCUCAGUUACCUCAACGAGCCCUCCGUCCUUCACACCAUCCUCAACAGAUACUCCCAGCGCAUCAUCUACACCUACUCCGGCAUCGUCCUCAUCGCCGUCAACCCUUUCUACGGCCUCAGCCUCUACAGCCCCGAGAUCAUCCAGGCCUACUCCGGAAGACGCAAGGGCGAGCUCGAGCCACAUCUCUUUGCCAUCGCAGAAGAUGCCUACCGCUGCAUGAUCCGCGACGAGAAGGACCAGACCAUCGUCGUCAGCGGUGAGUCCGGUGCCGGUAAGACCGUGUCGGCAAAGUACAUCAUGCGAUACUUUGCCACCGUCGAGGAUCCCGACAAGCCCGGCAGCCGCAAGGCAGGCGCAGGCGGCAAGGACACCAGCGGCAUGAGCGAGACAGAGCAGCAGAUCCUCGCCACGAACCCCAUCAUGGAGGCCUUUGGUAACGCAAAAACCACCCGCAACGACAACUCGUCCCGAUUCGGAAAGUACCUCGAGAUUCUUUUCGACAAGAGCCACGAGAUCGUUGGUGCAAAGAUGCGCACCUACCUCCUCGAGCGCUCGCGUCUUGUUUACCAGCCGGAAACGGAGCGAAACUACCACAUCUUUUACCAGCUCUGCGCAGGCGCGCCCUCGUCCGAGAAGAAGGACCUCGGCCUCGACGACGCCUCCAAGUUCUUCUACCUCAACCAGGGCGGCGCCGGCAGCCACAUCAUCAACGGCGUCAACGACGCAGAAGAAUUCAAGGCAACCCAAAAGGCUCUCAGCGUCGUCGGCCUCACCAUCGAGCGUCAGUGGAACAUCUUCCGCCUCCUCGCCGCCCUCUUGCACCUCGGAAACGUCCAGAUCACAGCCGCACGCACCGACGCCGUGCUCGCCGACGACGAGCCCAGCCUCUUCAUGGCCACGCGCAUGCUCGGCAUCGACUCUUCCGAGUUCCGCAAGUGGACCGUAAAGCGUCAGCUUCAGACGAGGGGCGAAAAGGUCAUCACCAACCUCACCCAGGCCCAGGCCAUCGUCGUGCGUGACUCGGUGUCCAAGUACAUCUACACCUGCCUCUUCGACUGGCUCGUCGACCAGAUGAACCGUUCGCUCGCCCUCGGCUCGUCCAAGACGCGCGAGUCCAUGAUCGGCGUCCUCGAUAUCUACGGAUUCGAGCGAUUCAAGGUCAACUCGUACGAGCAGUUCUGCAUCAACUACGCCAACGAGCGCCUCCAGCACGAGUUCAACCACCACGUCUUCAAGCUCGAGCAGGAAGAGUACCUCCAGGAGCAGAUCUCGUGGACCUUUAUCGACUUCUCCGACAACCAGCCCUGCAUCGACAUGAUCGAGGGCAAGCUCGGCAUCCUCUCGCUCCUCGACGAGGAGUCCAGGCUGCCUUCCGGCUCCGACGAGUCCUUCGUCCAGAAGCUCUACACGCAGAUGGACAAGCGACCCGAGUUCAAGAACGCCUUCAAGAAGCCGCGCUUCGGCCAGACCAGCUUCACCGUCUGCCACUACGCGCUCGACGUCGAGUACUCCAGCGCCGGCUUUGUCGAGAAGAACAAGGACACGGUGCCAGACGAGCACCUCAACCUGCUCAACAGCACCACCAACCCCUUCCUCAAGGAGGUCCUCGACACCGCCCUCAACCUGCACAAGCCCGACGAGCCCGCCGACGCCGCAGCAGGCGCCGCCCCGGCCAAGCCGGCGCCCAAGAAGCUGCCCGGCGCGAGCAUCAAGAAGCCCACCCUCGGCUCGCAGUUCAAGAGCUCUCUCGUCAGCCUCAUGGCGACGAUCGACAGCACCAACGUCCACUACAUCCGCUGCAUCAAGCCCAACGAGGCCAAAAAGGCGUGGGAGGUCGAGCCGCAAAACGUGCUCGGUCAGCUGCGGGCCUGCGGUGUGCUCGAGACCAUCCGCAUCAGCUGUGCAGGCUACCCGUCGCGAUGGACGUUUGCCGACUUUGCCGAGCGAUACUACAUGCUCGUGUCUUCGGAUCGAUGGAACAUGUCCGACAUGGACAAGGUCAAGGCGCUCGCAACGCACAUCCUCACAUCCACCAUCACCGAGAAGGACAAAUACCAGGUCGGUCUCACCAAGAUCUUUUUCCGUGCCGGCAUGCUCGCCCAGUUCGAGCAGAGGAGGACCGACCGCCUCAAUGCCGUCACCACCGUCAUCCAGAAGAACCUCAGGCGCCACGUCCAGCAGAAGAAGUACCAGGCGAUGCGCGUCAACGCCGUCAAGAUUCAGUCCUGGUGGCGUAUGCGCCUGGCCAUCAAGUACGUCGACGAUCUGCGUCAGACCACCGCUGCCACCAAGAUCCAGACUGUCGCACGAGGCUUCCUGGCUCGCAAGAAGUACCUCACCACGCGCGAUGCCGUCAUCAAGAUCCAGAGCGUCGCCCGUGGCCGUGCGGUGCGAUCCAAGUACAAGACUGCCAAGGUCGAGUUCUCGGCAACGCGUCUCCAGGCGCUGCUGCGAGGUGCCAUGGCCCGCAGGCAGUACCGCAAGGAGCGACAGGGCAUCGUCCACCUGCAGUCGUGCUACCGUCGUCGUCUUGCCAAGAAGGAGCUCGUCGCGCGCCGAAACGAGGCCAAGUCCGUGUCGCACUUUAAGGAGGUCUCGUACAAGCUCGAGAACAAGGUGGUCGAGCUCACCCAGAACCUGCAGAAGCGCAUCAAGGACAACAAGGAGCUCUCGGGCAAGAUCAAGGCGCUCGAGGAGCAGAUCCUCACGUGGCAGGGCAAGCACGACGAGAUCGAGGGUCGCAACCGUGGCCUCUCCGAGGAGCUCGCCAAGCCCACCGUGGCCCUGGCCGAGUUCGAGGCGCUCGUGGCUGCCAAGCGCGAGCUCGACGCCAAGCAGGAGGCGUCGCUCAAGCGCAUCGCCGAGCAGGACAAGCGCAUCGCCGACCUCACGGCCGAGAUCGAGCGUCAGGCCGACGAGCUGCAGGCUCGCUCCGACGCGCUCAACGGCGCCACCAAGUCGUCCGAGGACGACGUCGCCACGAUCAACUCGCUGCGAUCCGAGGUGGCCUCGCUCCGCGAGCAGCUCAACCGCGCCAACGCGCUCAACACGCUGCAGAAGAACUCGCAGCGCAUCGAGAAUGCAGCGCCGCCGGUCUUCAACAUGGCGACGGGCAAGGAGAACGGCUACGCCAACAGCGGGCCCAAGCGCCGACCGCGCCGCCACAGCGAGGCGGGGCCGUGGAGCGACCAGCCCCUCAGCCGCGACGAGCACGAAGAGGCCAUGAUGGCCGCCAAGCGCAGCGCCGCGACCGCCAACCGCCACGUCUCGGUCGCCUUUGGCCUGGACGGACACCAGAUCCCCGGACUUGGCGGCCAGCGCAACGGCUACGACGAAGAGUACGACGAGGACGACCCGUCCGAGGAGAUCAUCCGCAUCCUGGAGAAUGAGGAGCAGCUGGACGAGGACGUGCUCAACGGACUCAUCCGAUUCCUCAAGGUGCCGGCUCCGAGCCUGCAGAACCCGCCUUCGCCCAAGGAGGUGCUGUUCCCAGCGCACCUCAUCUCGCUGGUGACCAACGAGAUGUGGAAAUACGGCCUGGUGCGCGAAUCGGAGCGCUUCCUGGCCAACGUGAUGCAGACGAUCCAGCAGCACGUCAUGUCGUUCCAGGGCGAGGAGGCGAUCAUCCCGGGCAUCUUUUGGCUGUCCAACGUGCACGAAAUCCUGUCGUUUGUGUGCAUCGCCGAGAGCGACAUGCUGCAGGGCAUCGGACCGGGCGUGGACGGGGCGGCGCGCUCGUUCGAGUGGGGCGACUACGAGCGUCUGGUGACGAUCGUCAAGCACGACCUGGAUUCGCUCGAGUACAACAUCUACCACACCUGGAUGCAGGAGGCCAAGAAGCGACUGCACAAGAUGGUGAUCCCUGCGCUCGUGGAGAGCCAGUCGUUGCCCGGCUUUGUGACGAGCGACCACUCGGGCCGUCUGUUCAACAGGUUGCUGUCGAACAACUCGACGCCGACGCACACCAUGGACGACAUCCUGGGCAUCCUCAACAAGGUGUGGAAGAGCCUCAAGAGCUACUACGUGGAACCGUCGGUGACGCAGCAGGUGGUGACGGAGCUGCUGAAGCUGAUCGGCGUGACGAGCUUCAACGAUCUGCUGAUGCGCCGCAACUUUUGCUCGUGGAAGCGUGCGAUGCAGAUCCAGUACAACAUUACGCGCAUCGAAGAGUGGUGCAAGUCGCACGACAUGCCCGAGGGGACGCUGCAGCUGGAGCACCUCAUGCAGGCGACCAAGCUGCUGCAGCUCAAGAAGGCGACGCUGGGCGACAUCGACAUUAUCUACGACGUGUGCUGGAUGCUGACGCCGACGCAGAUCCAGAAGCUCAUCUCGCACUACUACGUGGCCGACUACGAGAAUCCGAUCUCGCCCGAGAUCCUCAAGGCGGUGGCGUCGCGCGUGGUGCCCAACGACCGCAACGACCAUCUGCUGCUGCCGCCCGAGGUGGACGAGGCGGGGCCGUACGAGCUGCCGCUGCCGCGCGAGGUGACGGGCAUCGAGACCUACUGCCCUGCGUACAUCACGGUGCCUGCCAUCCGCCGACUGGCGAGUCGCGUGGCCUAG